UGGGAGGAUGGGAGGAUGGGAGGAUGGGAGGAUGGGAGGAUGGGAGGAUGGGAGGAUGGGAGGAUGGGAGGAUGGGAGGAUGGGAGGAUGGGAGGGAGGAUGGUCGGGUGGUGGGAUGGCUGGAUGGAAGGAUGGAGGGAUGGGAGGAUGGGAGGAUGGGAUGGGAGGAUGGUCGGGUGGUGGGAUGGAUGGAUGGGAGGAUGGCAGGAUGGCAAAAUGGAAGGAACGUCGGAUGGUCGGGUCGAGCGGUGAAGCUCAACCAUCGUAUGGUGGGGUGUCGCGUCGAAACCCGACCAUCAGAUGGGAGGAUGGUGGGAUGGGAGGAUGGGAGGAUGGGAGGAUGGGAGGAUGGUCGGGUGGUGGGAUGGCUGGAUGGGAGGAUGGGAGGAUGGGAGGAUGGGAGGAUGGGAGGAUGCGAGGAUGCGAGGAUGGGAGGAUGGGAGGAUGGGAGGGAGGAUGGUCGAGUGGUGGGAUGGUUGGAUGGGAGGAUGGGAGGAUGGCGGGAUGGCAGGAUGGGAGGAUGGGAGGAUGGUCGGGUGGUGGGAUGGCUGGAUGGGAUGAUGGCAGGAUGGCGAAAUGGGAGGAAGGUCAGAUAGUCGGGUGGAGUGGUGAAGCUCAACCAUCGUAUGGUGGGGUGUCGCGUCGAAACCCGACCAUCGGAUGGGAGGAUGGGAGGAUGGGAGGAUGGGAGGAUGGGAGGAUGGGAGGAUGGGAGGUGAAGUUUGACCAUCGUAUUGUGGGGUUUCGCGUCGAAGCCCGACCAUCGGAUGGGAGGAUAGCGGGAUGGGAGGAUGGGAGGUUGGGAGGAUGGUCGGGUGAUGGGAUGGCUGGAUGGGAGGAUGGCAGGAUGGCGAAAUGGCAGGAAGGGCGGAUGGCAAGAUGGAUUGCGGGAUGGUCGGGCGCUUGGAUGGCAGGACGGUGGGGUGGUCGGAUGGCAGGAUGGUCGGUUGGUCCGGUGGCGGGAUGGCAGGGAAGUUGGAUGGUCGGGUGGUCGGAUGACAGGACUGCAGGAUGGUCGUGCGCUCGGAUGGCAGGACGUUGGGGUGGUCGAAUGGCAGGAUGGUCGGUUGCUCCGGAUGGCAGGAUGGUCGAAUGGGUGUACGGUCGGACGUUCGAAGGUUCGGGGUUCAGGUUUCUCUGGUCGGAUGGGACAAAUGGUAGAAAGCAGGAUGGUCGAAUGGUAAAAGGCCCGAUGGCACGACGGUCGGGUGGAGCGGUGAAGCCCGACCAUCGUAUGGCGGGUUGUCGCGUGUUGAGAGACGUGCAGAGGCAAUCGGGAGUGUUGCCUCCUGUUUUCAGACUCCAAGCGGACAACUGCGGUAGUCAAAACAAAAACAGAUAUGUAUUUGCGUAUCUAGUAUUAUUGGUGAAGUUCCGCAUUUUCGAGGUUGUUGAAAUGAGAUUUAUGAUAGUGGGUCACACGCAUACGGAUAUCGAUGCAAAGUUCAACUUAUUUGCUAGAAAACUAGUGGACACGGAUGCUUACACGAUGGACGAGUUGUUCGCCGCACUUCGAAAUUCCACAAAGGAUGAGGUCGAUUGCAAGUUUAUCAAUAAGAUGGCAGAUUGGAAAGGUGCAGUCAAAAACUUCUUCGACAUGCGUAUUGGUGGCCACUUCACUCCGCACUUGUUUAAGUUCUAUAUGGACGGAGACAACCCUGCGAUGGUCUACAAAGAACAUUGCAAUGACAGUGAAUGGUUGUCGGAGGGCGGAGCUAUUUAUUGGUUCAAGCGGGAUGGAUAUGGGCGAUGGGCGGGGCCGUCUUUUCCGUUGGAACCGUGUGGCUUGAAGUUGAACUUGGACAAUGAAGACUUUGUCAAAGGUCGCCAAGGUGUGAGUGCCUUGGUCGAGGAGUGGAAAGACAAGCGGCCAGAAUUCGAGAAACACGAAGAUUGGAAACGUCAGUUGAAAACAAGUCAUCUGGACUACUGGGAGAAACAGUUAGACAUGUUCAAUAAGCUGGAACAAGAAAAAACCUCACGACCCGCUCCGUUUUCAACUCCGUUCUGGCCAACGCCGAUGACGGGAAGCGUAAAAGAGGUGAAGGUGGAACUUCCUAUUGUUCAUUCGCCACCGAGGAAGCAAUGUUUCGUAGGUUAUAAGAGUGAUGCCCCGAAACUGGAGUUCGACCCGGCAAAGCAUGUUGAUAUCGGUUCUUUCGUAGUGAUGCGCGCUCCAGACGAGAAUGCGGACAAAUGAGUUAGUUUUUGGGUAGGACGUGUGCAAGAGAAAUCUGAGGACUCAUAGCAAAUUCUCGUAGAGUAUUGGAGGUCACAGGGCAAAGAGACCGAUAUGCGUAUAUUUUGUGGUUCGGGCUCGGGAUGUGAUUGCCUGCGGAUUACGUUCAUAUAUGGUUAAGAGGAGCCCCACUGUGACUGUGAGAAGUGAUCGUCCUAUGCAAUUAACCC